AUGCAUGCUUUUCACACAGACCGCUGUACGUUGCGUGCUCACGUGUGUUAUUUGUGCGAGUUAUUCGAUGAGUAUUGUAAGUUCGGUUCUCUACAUGGACUCCGAUAUAUCAGAGACCCAUCCCUUCCGAGGAUAGAACAAUUUUUUUGGCUUGGAAUAUUCCUAACAUGUCUUUACAUUAGCGGAAUCGUUGUGAAAAACACAUACUUGACAGGAAUGACCAAUGAAUUUCAACUGGUAUACAACCCGAGGAUAACACCUAUUUGGGAUAUUCCAUUUCCUGCGGUAAUAGUGUGUUCUUCAUCACCUGUAAGGAAGUCGUUUUUUGAUUUAGAAAAGCAGAAAGAUGCAAAAUUCACAUUCUUUAGCAAAAUGGUUUGCUUAAAUCCAUCUCAUUUCGCAUCAGGAAUUUACAAUAGUAGUAUUGAUGAAGAGUUUUUUGAAUUCUUAAGUGAUGCAGCAACACCUUGCAAGGACAUGAUUGUCAACUGUUAUUGGAAAUCAGAGAAAAUAGAUUGCUGUACUUUAUUCAAACCUAUAAUUACUAUGAUGGGACAAUGCUAUAUCUUCAACAGUUUGCCCGGAGAAAUAAUGUAUCCAUUCUACAAUCCUCCACCUGGUGAACAAUAUAAUUUUUACGACAACUUGAAAUUUUGGGAUGUCGAUAACGGCUACCCUAAAAGAGUUAGAGGACAUCUUGAAAAAGUUUAUCCGUUGUGGACUGAUAUUGAAGGACCCCUGAUGGGGUUAACUAUGGAUCUCGUUUACCCCAAGGAGGAAUUUCAGUUUCAAUGCUCUGCAACCCACACUGGGUUCAGAGUUUAUGUCUACCCACCAGACAAGAGUCUAGAAACUGAAACAUUUAUCAGGGUCCCUCUCAAUGUACACUCUAAUAUAAAACUAUACCCUACCCAGGUCCGCACUGAAAAUUCCCUUAGAUCAUUGACUAUCGAUGAGAGGGAUUGUGCAUUUUUAGACGAGGUACAACUAGAAUACUUCAACUUUUACACUCGGUCUUCUUGCAUUGUGGAGUGCUUCACCAAAAUGUCACUCCAAUUAUGUCUCAACAACAACACUGGAAGUAACAUUGCUCGAGUGUCAGUUUAUUACGGAAUCGGCCAGUUCAAUACAAUAGAUCGUCAAAAAACAUCAAAUAUUGACAUUACUCUCAGUAACUGUGGAGGACUUCUAGGAUUGUUACUUGGAUUUAGUUUAAUGAGUCUUUAUGAAGUACUGUACUAUGCUAUAGUUCGACCUAUAAGAAAAGUUACUGGAAUUUUUCUUGCAAAUAUAUGUGAACGGUAG